CGGAAGCCCGCUUCCCCCUCUGACCUCUCCCUCUCCUGCUCGCUCCUCUCUCUCAUUCUCUCUCUCUCUCAAAUAAAUAUCUUUAAAAAAUAAAUAAAAGGUAUAGAACACUGAUGCGUUUCGAAGAUGAGCAGAAAAAUACCCGGUUUGCAGCUGUUGGACAUUACUAGUUUCUACUUUGCAGAAAGCUGGUUCGGGAUCGUGCACGGUUCCCUACCCAUCUGCUGGGAUUGUAUCUGUUCGUACAUUGACUUUGCUUCUAAAAUAAAAGGGGGCGGAGUGGACCCGAUGGUGACCCAGGCCCAUGCAGGACCGAGCUGCCGCGAGAGGACGGUCCCCAGCCCCUCGGGGAGCCUGAGGGCCCGCAGGCAGGUCCCCCCCAGGCUCCGCGGGCGCGGGCGGCGGCUCUCGGUGCAGUACCGCCGGCGGCCGGCAGGUGGAGCCCCCGCGCAGCCCCCGGCCCGGGCCGGCCCUGCACCCUAUGAGCGCGGCACCGGAAGAGGUCUCUCCGCGCCUACCACUCCCUCCUGCCCCUCCCCGCCACGCGGGGUGCAGACGGCCGGUCUCGCAGGCGGGGUCGCGCAGCCGAGGAACGUGCUGCUGUUCCAGCGGGAGAGGCCGAGGCCCCGAGCCCGGUGUCGGGCGCCCCGAGCCCGCGUCCCAGGCCGGAGGGCGCUGCGGGGGGCACUACGGGGCCGCCCCCGGGAGCCGAAGCUGCAGCUGCGGUCCGCCCGCCCAGGCCGAGCCCGGUGCCCCAGGCUGCCCCGCACCCCCACCGCGUCCUGCUCGGGCCCUGGGACAGCAGCAGGCUCGGCGGGAAGGGGAGGGGUGCAGCGGGGCGGGCGGGCCCGCAGCUGGGCUGGGGGUAAACCCUGCGGGGCAGCAGCCAUAGUCCAGCUUCGAGCAGGCCUUGCACCCCACCCCCUUCUCUCACCUGCUGACCCCUCGCUUCCCGGGGGAGCCUGGACCUGGGGGUGUUUCCCUGUGUAUGCUCUGCUCCCUCCUCCCCGCAGAUGCCGGGAGGCCUGCAGACAGGGGAAGGAGGCCCCUGGAGAUUGUCCAGGUCGUGGAAGAAGACGUCCUUGCCUUCCUGCUCCCACUGAGCACCUGCUGUAGGCCUGGCCCUUUGCUAAGCCUGUUUGGGGGAUGGAGGAAUGGGGGGACCAAAGGAAAAGGUAAGACGGGACCUCUGCAGAGCGACCUCAGGCACUCACCGAGGCUGGCCGAGGCGUCCAGCGAUGAGGAGGCCUCGGGCACCACUCCUGCCUGGGAAGCCCAGGGAAGGCGACACAAGGAGAGCCACAGGCUGGUCCUGUGCCCGAGGCAGAGGGGACAGUAGGUCACAGAUGCCUCUGUUCAGCUCGCUGGUUAAGGAUGGAAGUGCCUGGACAGGGACCAGCAUUGUGCACUCUGCGAAAGUGUCUCUGGAUAAUGAUUCUGAUGUCCUCUCUCUCUCUCUCUCCUGUCCUGACCCUGGGGCAGCACCACAUUUCUUGGCUCGUAGCCUGUGCUUCUGACCUUCCUUCUGAGCUUGGUGCCCAGAUAACUGCGUCUCUGCCUCGGUUACCAGGAGGUCUUGCCGGAGGAGCCCAAGCUGGGUGCCCAGGGAGUGCCAGCAGUGGGCCUGGACCACCAUGUGCGAUGGAUUUUUGCCUGGGUCUUCAACAUGGGCUCCACCAGCUUAGGUCAAGAAGUCAGAUCCUGGGUGGAAGAAGGAAUAUCGGAAUGCUCUCUCCACAAGCCUUAACAAGUGCUCACUCUCAGGGAAACACCAGUGCUCCAGAAGGGUCCGGUUUUACUGCGGAGUACCCUACCGCACGCGCAGGGAGGGCUGUGAACUUCUAAUAACCUGCUGUCUCCUCGUGGGAAUUGCCAACAGAAAGCAGAUGGAAGCUAGCUAGCCCGUGUAGCCAGGGCCCCCAAGUGUGCUAACCCUGCCGCAGGUGUUGUCUCUGAGAGAUCCACGGUGCCAAGGACAGGUGAAGCCUCCCCACUCUGGGUAAGCUCUGAGGGUCUGCUGAGCACUACCCAGGGAGCUGCGCUCCCAGCCUGAGAGAGCGAGCCCCAAGGAUGCACCAGGACUGGGAGAGGCACGGGGUGGAGGUGGAGGGCAGUCUCCCGCAGAGUUCUCAACUCAGCGCGGAAGUGUAUGUGCUGUGUUUACGCUUUCAACACCAACAGAGUCACUUCUGCUUCUCCCGAAGGAGGAGAAUGAAUCUUAAGUUGUUCAUCUUGAACCUUCAAGACCAACCGGGCUGUUCUAAGAUUUGCAUACAAACAAAGCUCCUUUAAGAACUGCUG